UAAUGCAUACUGUACCUGUGUUUGUUGUGCUGGAUAUAAAUAACAGGCAUUAAUGACAGAUGAAACCAUCGGAAACGUGCCCAUCUUGAUCCUCGGCAACAAGAUCGACAAACCUGAAGCCAUUAGUGAGGAGAAACUGCGUGAGAUCUUUGGCCUGUACGGUCAGACGACGGGAAAGGGCAACAUUCCUCUCAAAGAGCUGAACACGCGGCCCCUGGAGGUGUUCAUGUGCAGCGUGCUGAAGAGACAGGGCUACGGCGAGGGCUUCCGCUGGCUCUCACAGUACAUCGAUUAGAGGAAGAAACACA